UGUUUUGGAUAUGAAACUUGAUGGUGAAACUCAUUUAAGUUUUAUUAAAUUUUAGAUGAGAUAAAAUCUCGGGUUAAUUUUCUUAAAUGGACUAUGGGUGAGAAUUAAACGAUUAUUUUGCAACAAUAGUAGAAACCAGGAACCCGAAGGGCUAAAGUGCAGGUAGAUUUUCGUGCAAUACAAGGCUAUUGCUACAAAUAUGAUAUAUCCCAACUUAUUCAUGAAUCUUGCGGGACACUUUCCCAUCCAAUGGCCCAAAACCACAUUCCUUCGGUGCAUAGAUAUGGCCGGAGUCGGUGAUAGAUUAUCAACCUCCUAUGAGUUUUUUUUAUUUGGGCCGUCUAUUGAUCAUGGGUAUAUUAAGAUAUUUUGAAAAUGUAUCACAAUUGCCACUCUUAAAUUAUUGAUUUUGCCACAGAAUGGCAAUUGUGAUGUAUUAUCAAAAACUAAGAGUGGCAAAAGUGAAAUGUCAAAUUCUAGAGUGGCAUAAGCAAAGUGGUCAAAACCUAGAGUGGCAAAAACAAAGUUUUCCCUAUUUACAACAUAAAUAUUCUGUAGAUAGAAAUGUUUCACGAAAGUUCUUUUUUUUAAACAUAUUUUUUUUUCUUUUCAGUUCAAAAUAGUUCAUAUUGUCGUGAAAGUUUGCACCCACGAAAUGAGCACAAAUUUGUAUCUAUGUAAAACGUAUUUGUUUUUGGACUCUUGGGAACAUUUGGUUGCACCCAUAUUUUACAUACUAAUGCCAUGCAAGCAUUCUAAAUUAAAUUAUAAAUUUAUGUUCCAUAGACAAAUAUCACUAUAUUAUUCAUCCAAAGUGCUAAUUCCAUGUUAUUAUCAGCAGUUUAAUCCGGAAAUAUUGAAUGAGACCAUGGGUGCUCUUUGGUUGAGGUAUCAACAACUUAAUCCAGAUCUCCAGCGAAGCUUCAAAUAUUGCAGUAUUUUCCCCAAGAGAUCCAAGUUAAGAAGGGAUGUGUUAGUUCGCUUGUGGGUAGCACAAGGGUUUAUAAAGACCAGUUGUGCAACGGAGGACAUGGAAGAUAUAGCUGAGAGUUAUUUUCAGGAGUUAGUGUCAUGCUCAUUUCUUCAGCAAGGAGGAGAAUGGCCUGAUUGGUUUACAAUUCCUGACUUGUUGCAUGAUUUAUUAGACAAGAUUAGUGGAACGGAAUGCUUCAGAAUCGAGAAUGCAAGGAGUCAGAGAGGAGAAGGAUGGAAAGGAGAUGUUCCCCAAGACGUCUGCCAUCUUCUUGUAGAGAAUUAUGAUGGAGAAUUGAUUACUGAAAAGAUCCUUGGAUUGGAAAAUUUACAAACACUCAUAAUUUAUGUUGUUGAAAAGGGUACUACAGUUGAGGAAAACGUCAUUGACAAUAUAUGCAAGGGGCUGCAAAAAUUGCAGGUACUGGCGGUUGCUUUUAGCCGGGAACAUCUUGAAAUCACCAAACCCAAGAAGUUCUCGAUACCAGAAUCCAUUGGCCAGUUAAAGGACCUAUGCUAUCUUUCUUUCAGGACAUUCGAAUGCACCGUAAUUUUACCAAGCACACUAACUAAGAAACUUCACCAUAUCCAGCUGCUGGACUUUGGUCGUCAUGGCCAUGGCCAAAUUUGGGAAUUUACACUUGAUAACCUUAUCAACCUGCGGUACAUAAUUUGUGAGAACUUGGAAUGUCCGAGCAUAGGCAGGCUUAUCUCACUCCAAGCGUUACCAAGCAGCAGG